UAGCAGCGGCGGCGCGGAGGCUGGAGAGUGGGAGGGGACGCACCGGCUGGCGGGCCGGGGCGCUGGGACGAGGCUGUGGCUCCCACCGGAGGUUCCUGGGAGCGUUUCGGGUCACGAAGGCCCGCGCGAAGAGCGAGAGAGCACGGGAGGCAGCGAGCGCGCAGUGGGCUGCGGGCAAAGCGGAGCGGAGCCGCCGGGCGGAGCGGGCUCAGAGCCCGGGUCUCCGCGUCUCGGGACCCGGCGGCGGGGGCGGCGAUGUUCCACUGCAUCCCCCUGUGGCGGUGCAACCGUCAUGUGGAGACCAUCGACAAGCGACACUGCUCGCUGGUGUACGUCCCUGAGGAAAUCUACCGCUACGCCCGCAGCCUGGAGGAGCUAUUGUUGGACGCCAACCAGCUCCGCGAGCUGCCCGAGCAAUUUUUCCAGCUAGUCAAAUUACGAAAGCUUGGACUUAGUGAUAAUGAAAUUCAGCGGCUCCCUCCAGAAAUAGCAAACUUCAUGCAGCUGGUGGAACUGGAUGUCUCUCGAAAUGAUAUUCCUGAAAUUCCAGAAAGCAUCUCAUUCUGUAAAGCACUACAGAUAGCUGACUUCAGCGGAAACCCACUGACUAGAUUACCAGAAAGCUUUCCUGAACUACAGAACUUGACAUGUCUUUCUGUAAAUGACAUCUCGUUGCAGUCCCUACCUGAAAAUAUUGGCAAUCUUUAUAACCUGGCUUCACUGGAACUGAGAGAGAAUCUUCUCACAUACCUUCCUGACUCUCUUACCCAGCUACGGAGACUAGAAGAACUUGAUUUAGGAAACAAUGAAAUAUAUAAUUUGCCAGAAUCAAUCGGAGCUCUCUUACACCUAAAGGAUCUCUGGUUGGAUGGAAAUCAACUGUCAGAAUUACCUCAGGAAAUAGGAAAUCUGAAGAACCUGCUGUGCUUAGAUGUCUCUGAAAACAAGCUGGAAAGACUUCCUGAAGAAAUCAGUGGCCUGACUUCAUUAACAGAUUUAGUCAUUUCCCAGAACUUACUAGAAACGAUUCCGGAUGGCAUUGGAAAACUAAAGAAGCUAUCGAUCUUGAAGGUAGAUCAGAACCGACUAAUGCAGUUGCCUGAAACAGUUGGGGACUGCGAAAGCCUCACUGAAUUAGUUCUUACAGAAAACCGACUCCUGACCUUACCUAAAAGCAUUGGAAAACUUAAGAAGUUGAGCAACUUGAAUGCAGACAGAAAUAAAUUAGUGUCUUUACCCAAAGAGAUCGGUGGGUGCUGCAGCCUCACUGUGUUCUGCGUGCGUGACAACAGACUAACUCGGAUACCUGCUGAGAUGUCACAGGCCACAGAGCUUCACGUCCUGGAUGUGGCAGGGAACAGGUUGUUGCAUCUGCCCUUGUCUCUGACGGCCUUGAAGUUGAAGGCUCUGUGGUUGUCUGACAACCAGUCCCAGCCCCUGCUCACGUUCCAGACAGACACAGAUCACACCACAGGAGAGAAGGUUUUAACCUGUGUCUUACUUCCCCAGAUGCCUUCCGAACCGACUUGCCAAGAGAACCUGCCUCGCUGUGGUGCCCUGGAGAGCUUGGUGAAUGACGUCUCUGAUGAGGCCUGGAAUGAGCGCGCGGUGAACAGAGUCAGUGCCAUCCGAUUUUUGGAAGAUGAAAAAGAUGAAGAUGACAAUGAAACGAGAACACUUCUGAGGCGAGCCACUCCACACCCCGGGGAACUGAAGAACAUGAAAAAGACAGUGGAGAAUUUACGGAAUGACAUGAAUGCUGCUAAAGGGCUGGAUUCGAACAAAAAUGAGGUCAACCAUGCCCUUGACCGAGUGACCACUUCUGUGUAGGAUUUCAUCUCCUGGUUUUACCUCGCGUGUCUUCCCCUGCUGUUGAGAUGUUCCCGUCUGCGAGGAGCCUCCUGCAGUCCUUUGUCUUCACCAGAAACCCGCGCUUUGUCUCCCCACAUCGUGUGUUGGGACGCCGCUCUCUGCAAGGAAGUGCCUUACUCUAACCCAUCAGCUAGUGGUCUCCCAGCGUGAUUUUUUUUCAUUUCCUAAACUUCAGUUUGUACUAAGUAGAAUACACUACUGUAAACAUCUGCCUUUGUUUUUGUCUUAUGUUGGGGUAAGGGAGAGCAAGAAGGGGAAUUUUUAUCCUCCUCCUCCAUGGAGUGCUGGGACAUUUUGAACCCAAGUUCUCUUGGACCUACUGAUGAAAGAUAGUUUUAUGUAUGGGGAAAAAUUGAUACUUUUUUAAACCUUUUUGGCAGCUCAGAUGGUGUAAAUUUUAAAAUUUUGUAUAGGUAUUUCAUAACAAAAAAAUGUAUUUCUUUUUUGUUAUUUUAUCUUGAAAACGGUACAUAUUUUAGUAUCUGUGCAGAAAAAAAUCCUGAAGUGUUCGUUUUUAUUUGUACCAUACACUGUGCCUUACUGUAUCCUGUGUCGUGUCAAACCAGCUAUACACAGUGGCAUCCUUGAGCAGGGAGACGGGACUGGGAAUGUGGUACUUUUUAAAGCAGUGUUGGAUUUUAAUUAGUGAUCUACCUGGGGAAUUUGUUUUUAACCAAAAAGAAGAGUUACCACUGAUUUGUAAAUUAUGUUGGAUGUAUUUUUUAAAAGAUAAACCAAAGGAUUAGGACACUAAUAUUUCAUUUCUUUAAGUUUUCAUAAAUGAGUCUUGUAUAAUCAGUGCAGUGUCUGGUUGUUCCUACUUGGAAGGUAUGUGCCAUUCGUAAAAUAGAACAGAAAAGCACAAAAAGAGAA